ACAAGAUGGCGCAGGCAAUAUACGAGGUUCUGGAAGGCAUGGACAAUCAGACGGUCCUCAAUGUCCAAUCAUUGUUAGACAGUCAAGCUGGUGUUCUGGACCCAGGCUCACAGAAUGUCUCAGGAACAACCAUCCAACCAAUGGAUGAUGAUGACGUGUUUCUCUGUGGGAAAUGUAAGAAGCAGUUUAACUCAUUACCGGCGUUCAUGACCCACAAGCGUGAGCAGUGUCAAUCCAACACCCUGUCACUGGCCACCGUCUCUCUGGCCUCCAACAACGCCAACGCCUACGCCUCCGUACCUUCCAUCAGCAUGGGUCCACAGCUGCCCGCGAACAGACAGGUGUCGACGUAUAUAACCGUGCCGCAAUCUCCUCUCACACACACGCUGGUGCAGGGUAACGUGUUGGUCAGCGAUGAGGUUUUGAUGUCGGCCAUCUCAGCAUUUGGCUCUCUGGAUCAGCCAAUGGCAGCCAUGCAUGGUUCCAUACAGAGUAACUUAAGCAUGCAUGCAGGAACCUCGUACAUGCAGCACCAUCAGCAGCCUCCACAGCCCCUCCCACCAACCCAGGCCACGCCUCUUUCCUCACAGGUGCCCACCAGUAACAGCAAUUCAAUAGUGCAGGUGUACAGCACACUGCCCUCUAUGGCUGGAGGUUGUAUUGCAGAGGUGCCUUCAUUGGGUCUGCAGCCAUUUCAAUCCAUUCAGGUUCCCAGUCAGUGUGUGGAGAGUCAGGCAUUCAUUACGGCUCCAGUGUACAGCCCUGGAAAACAGACCACCAAAAACAAGCCCUGCACCCUCAGUACAAACCUCUCUCAGCUCGGAGAAUACGAUAAGGUCAUCAUCCCAAAGAAAACCAGAACCUCCAAGAAAACACAGGAUGCAGGUCAAGCAAAAGGAAAAGCUCAGAAGCUGAACUGCAGUUUUUGUGACAAAGUAUUCACCAAGAAUUUUGACCUACAGCAACAUGUUCGCAGUCACACGGGUGAGAAGCCCUUCCAAUGUAUCGUGUGCGGCCGAGCCUUCGCUCAGAAGUCCAAUGUGAAGAAACACAUGCAAACACACAAGGUCUGGCCCAAUGGAGUCCACAGCACUGCCUCCAGGAUGCCCAUCACUGUAAGAGUGCUUCCAAUGAACAACGAAGAGAACUCACAGCAGACUGAGGAAGAGACACAGGAACAAGAGGAGAUAAACGGUGAGACGCAGAGCUCAGCGGAGGCCAAAGACACCGGGCAGAACCAGGACAAACAGAUCAUCCUGAUUGACAGCUCAUAUCAGUGUCAGUUCUGCUCAGCCAAAUUUAGCACCUACUUCCAGCUGAAGUCUCACAUGACCCAGCACAAGAACGAACAGGUGUACGGCUGUGUAGUGAAGAGCUGCUCUCAGACCUUUCAGAAGUUGGAUCAGUUUCUCGAGCACAUUCACACACAUCAGGAGCAGUUGACGUACCGGUGUCACCAGUGCAGUAAAGUGUUUCCUUCACUUUUUGAGCUGGGACUACACCAGUACUCCCACAGUUUCUGUCCUCAACAGAACCAGCGCAAAGACAGAAACUACUACAGCUGUAUGAAGUGUCAGAGUAAAUAUUCCUCACAGGAAGCUCUUCAACAGCAUCUGCUGAACGCGACUCAUAACUACCCCUGUCCUAGCUGCCAGAAGGUGUUUCCCUGUGAGCGUUAUUUACGGCGGCAUCUUGAAACGCACGGUGCCGGGGGGAAAUUUAAAUGUCAGAUUUGUAAAAAGUUCUUCAAAACUGGACACUACCUCAAACUACACGCACAGAUCCACUCAGGAGAGAAACCGUAUAAAUGUUGUGUGUGUGAGGCCACCUUCAACAGGAAAGACAAAGUGAAGAGACACAUGCUGAUUCACGAGCCCUUCAAGAAAUAUAAAUGCCCCUUCAAAACUCACGUGGGCUGCUCCAAAGAGUUUAACCGGCCGGACAAACUGAAAGCUCAUAUUCUCUCUCAUUCAGGUAUUAAGCCGUUUAAGUGCCAGUUCUGUCAGAAGUCGUUCAGUCGUCGCGCACACAUGCUGGAACAUCAGCGCUCGCACACAGAUGACUAUCGCUUCCGCUGCGCCGUCUGUAACAAGGGCUUCACCCGCCACAAAUACUACAGAGAACACAAGUGCCCGCUGGCAGGGGCUUCGACAGGGGGCGCAGAGGCGGCACGAGGGACACAGGGUACAGGGGACGAAUGUCCCGCCGUGGAACCAGAUGAACAUGGAGAAACUGCAGAUGAGGACGAUGAUGAUGAAGGGGAGAUACAGCAGGAUGACAUUAUGGGAAUGAAUAGUGGAGAGAAGCAGAUGGAAGAAGAGGAGGAGGAGGAGGAGGAGGAAGAGGGAAGGUCUGAUGGUUUGGAGGGCGGGGCGGGGCUGGAUCCCAUGCAGGAAGGAGGCGGAGCCAUCAGGCUACUGUCAGAACCCAUGUGCUUCCAAACAGUGGACUGAUGAAGAACGUCUGCAUGAUUUGAAAGGCAAAGAUUUAAUCUGAAGGGUGUAAUUUCGGAGCCACUAGCAGCACCAAACAGAACCGGGAGUUCCGCCCCCAAACUUACACCUUUGGUUGAACGAAUGUUGGGCUGCUCAACAAAUUGCAAUUCCGUUUGGUGCCUCUAGAGGUGCUACCUUUACACACUACAGUUUUAAAUCUAUACCCCUGAAUACAUUGAAAAUGUAUUUGCUGGUACAAAGACAUUUAAUAUGAAUGAAUAUAUCAAACUUGUGUUGUCUUGUUUACAAAUCUUCAGUGGGAAGAACUUAAACAACUUUAGACGGUUUUAAGGACCUUCAAAGUCGUGUUAAAAAACAUCUAUGAUGUUUUCUAUCCUAGACGUUCAGGGUUCAAAUCCCUGUUUAUCAUCUUUAAUAGUUCUUUGUUUUAUAUUAAAACAUUACUGCUCAUUUCAUUUUUCUCAGAUUUGAGAACACCGUCUGUUGGAUACGUUGUCGAAGUAUUACGGGGGCGUUCACAAAGGAGGCGUUACUGCAUUCUGAGCUAGUUUUUUAUUUCAGGGAUGCACCUCAUGUGAGAUGAACAAAGUGAGAAAGUCAUAGCAGGUGAUUAAGAUGUAUAUUUUCAGUGGAUUUGUUUUUGUAUUUAAAGAUUUUGUAGUUUAAGUGUUUAAGCUUAAAGUAAUCCUUGAAAAUGUUAUAUAUGUUGUCAUUUUAAUAAGGAAAAUGUAGAAAACUACCAAACAAUUUGGGCAAAUUAGCUUCAGAAAAGGUGACUAGCUAAAAGAUAUUUCUUUAUGUAUAUGUGUAUAAGGGUGGACGUCUAAGACCUCUGCUUUCAGUUACAUUUCAAUGUACGCAAGAAUGCACCUGAUUGAACGCCCCCUUUUACCCUAUAAAGCCGUGUGUAUCAAAUAUGAUACACAACAUGUGACGGCUCCUGUUUCACUCUCUGUUCAAGCUGAUGAACCAAACAACCAAUGGAAUGUGAGUGUCACAUUUACGGCACCAUCUAGAGUUUUGUUGUGGAAAAAAGUGGUUUCAAUGUUUAUAUCGAUCUAUUUAAAAUGCCAGUGGACUUGUGCCAAAAGUGACUCUUGUGUUGGGAUAAAUAACAGCUUAUUUUAAUAAAGUAAAAGUGACUGUAAUGAUUAUAUUGUAACUGACAUUUUAAAAUGAGUAUUUGCUGAAUAUAAGCAAUGUGUGCUUGGUUAAAAGUUUGUAUAUUAUUUUAUUGAAAAGCACCUUUCAAAUCCACGUAUCAAAUAUGAUACAACAGGCUUUUGAGGCAUAUCUCUCAAUUACCAUUACAUUACAUUCAUCCCCCCCCCAAAAAAACAGCUUUGAAGAGUCUGACAGAUACAUUUUAUAAGAUAUAGUUAAAGUAUGAACUAAUAUUUCUGUGUAUGUUUAUAAAUGUAGCCUGUCAUUAUAAAGAUCUCAUUAUCUUACAAUACAAGCUAUUAUGAUGUCAUCUAAAGUUCCAAAGUUUGACUAUGUUCCUUUUUUAAAUGUCAAUUCAGUCUUUGGUGCAUAAAAUACAUAUGAUAAAAUUAGUUUAUUGGAAAAAUUAUAUUUUAUUCAUAUUAUAUUUGAUGUGCUGAAUUGAACUGUGAUGGAGAGGAAGUUGUCAUGGCCAAACUCUCAAACAUUCAGUAUCUCUGAAAAUACUCUGAUAAUACCCCAAACUUCACCCCUGUAGCAUGUACGGGCUAAAGAGAACUUAAUAGCAAAGGCCCAACGGUUAAGGAAUCAAUCCUAAUAAUAAUUUCUUGCAUUAUAGACGUAUACGCAUCUUAAACACCAAAUGAAAAUCAUUUUCCAUUUAAUUAUUUAUUCAACAUUGUUUUUCACAUUUUACAAUCCAUACAAAUCAACUGGUAAAUAAACCUCUGAAGUGUUUUUCAAAGCAGUCGCUUCUACUUUAAUACUAAAAUCAUUUUGUUUGUUUUUUAAACAGAGAUGAGGAGGAGUAUACACACCAUGUAGAGUUUCAGUUCAUAUACAGAGUGAAAGUGGCUUGAUUUACACGGAUCAGUCAGAAGAUGAUAAGAAAUAUUCAAAAUUAAAGUCAUUUCACUGUUUAUAACAAUCGUCCCAUUUGCUUGACUUGUUUUUAGAGAAUUGAAUUAAAGGUGCGAGAAGCAAUUGUUCCAUUGGAUUACAGUUGCAGCGAAUUAUUUAGGCUUAAUUCCAUUUUAUGCCAUGUUGUUCAUAACAGUUAACAGUUGAGGGCGCUGUUUCCCUGCUGUUGAUUUUAACAAUUGUUUCUGCUCACUAUCGUUCUCUAAACUAAUUUGGUUUUGGAAAGAGGGGGGGCGUGGCCAAUCCAAUGGCUCAUCUUGGGCUAAAAGUCGCUUACAGCACCUUUAAUUGGCAAAUUAAAUGUUCUUAUUUUAUGCAUAAUUUCAAUGCAAUUUUAGAUUUAUGCUUGGACACCUGCCAUUUUGUUCUCAAGUAAAUGUAUCUUGUUAUAAGGAUGUUUCGAUAUUCUUACUAAAAGACAAGACAACAAAUACUGAUUUUUUUGCAGUUAUAAUGCGUUACACUCAUGAGAGGGUUUUUUUUCUUUUGGGCUCUAUAGCGCCGCUCCAGUGGUUUAGACUAGUAUAUCUUCAUAUAAUCUAAGAAGCAUUAAGAAGUACACUCUGAACAGUCAAAGAGAUCUCCAGAAUAUUUAAUAAAGAUGCCUUUAAAACUCAAGACGUCCUAUAGAACUAGAGCAUUUGCUACUCCAUUGAUAUUCUCACAUGUUUACCAGUAAUACAUGCGUCACUCUGAAACCCCUUGUCAUUGCGGUCCAAAAUAAACUCACAUAUUUAUUUCAGGGAUUUAAAGGCCAGUGUCGCAUGUUAUGCAUCUAAAAUGACACAAUUUCAGAAAAAUAAUUCACUACUCUAAUCUUGUCCUUAAUAAACAGACUGAUGGAUUCAGACACAAUCAAUUCUUGAGGGUGAAUCGCAACAAGAAUUGUAAGAAAUAUAUGUUUUGCAUAAAGGAAAUGAAGCCUUUUUAGGACCAUUAAGAAUGGUUUUGCAUUAUGACAUCGUAAGCACAUUAUAUGUCAUAAAAAAAAGAGUAAACAUAUAAUUGUUUUUUUUUACUAAAAUCAGCUAAACUGAAAUGUAGUAUGACAUAAACUAUUAUAUUUACAUUGCAAAUGACUAUUCUACUGUACAAUUUAAAUAAUAAUUUAUUCACAUUAUAAUAUUGAGAAUUUUUGGGAGAAAAUGUACUUAACUGCCAUCGCAAAACAUAUUAAUGGUCCUAAAAAUCGGUUUCACUGCUUUUCUAGUCUAAAUAAAUAGAAUGUUCGCAUUCCAAAAAAUUCAAAUAUCACUCAAAGGGCAAAUAAUGACAGUUGAUGAAUUUAAAUAUCAAGGUGUUAUUUUAGAUUCUAAAUGAAGUCAUUGUGAUGUAAUGAGGCUGUGUAGAACCAUCAGAACAAACCUGAAUUGUUUUCAUGUGAUUAGACUAUAUAUAUAAUAUAUAUAUAUAUAUCCAUUAAAGCAGUUAUAUAUGCAUGCAAUGGUCACAUUUAUCCUACUUUAUUUACCAAUUUAUCUCAUUAUAUAAGCAAUCAUUAAAAAUAAUGGAAAGAAAUUAAUAAGAUCGCAUCACCGAAACAUCUUACAAAAACAGAGUUAACAGUUUCGAAAAUAGUAUACAUUUUUCUCUUAUUAAAAUGAUUUUUAAAUGUGUAAACAAUCUUGCUACAGAAUUCAUAUGCCAACUAUUAACAAAAAGUAGAGAGGAGAUCACUACAGGAUCAGAACGGUGGAGUACAGAUGAGAAAAUCUACCAGUUGAACUAAAAGUACAAACAGGAAAUUUACAACAAAUUGUUGAAACGAAAGCAGGUUUGUGAACACUGAUGGCUGUACACAGUCUCCGCCUUUUGUUGUUGUUUGC